ACCGGCGCAAAGCAAUAUGGGAUCGGCAUCUACAAUGUUUAAAUACCUCCACUAAAUUGAUGGCUCGUAGAAAACGUGGAGAUCGUUGUCAGCUUCAAGAUACAUUUUUUCGAAAAAUACAGCAAGAUGAAGCUUAUAUUGGUCUUAUGCAUGAGCUUGGCUAUACAAAGGAUUGCAGCAGAUAACAACACUGUUCUGAAUUGCCCAAAGGAUUCCAUAUUUUACCAGCAUAAUAAAAUUGGUGUAUUGGUUUGUAAUGCAACAAAUGUCCCAGAUGAUUUCAACGUUACAAGGAACACUGACAUUCAGAAAGUUUAUAAUUCAUGUGGAGAUGAUUUGAAAGGAUCUUCAAUCAAAAUAGCUGGAUCUGAAUGUGGUGGGAAAAGCUGCUUUGAAAUAAAGUUCUCAAACAUUACCUUGCAGACAUCAGGAACAUACAGGCUAAGACUUACUUUUGGUAAUUCAACAACAGAGCAAAACUUUAGCAUCAUAGUAGCAGAAAAGCCAGAGAUACCAAGAAGUGUGAUUGCUACCAGCUAUUGGAAAUCAAAUUCAUUUGUUUUCAUGUUUUAUGGAAAGCUACCAAAACCAAAAGGCUGCAAUCCACAGUUGGCUUCAUAUGUAUCAUCUUUUCAAACACGCAAUUGCUCAGACUUGAGAAAGGGGGAAUUCAAAUGCAAUGUGGUUGACAGUGAUGGCCAAGAAAAUGAGCUUCAAUGUUAUGCUGAAUCACUUCUUGUUUGUGAUGACGAAGCAACAAAGAAUUGCAAAGUUGACAUCAAACUAGCAAGUUUUAAUAAAUUUGGUGUUUCUGAUGCUCUAAAUAUUUCAGUACCAUCUGUGAAGUCAAUUGUUCCUGCCCUUAAGCCAUAUUUUUUGGAAGUGGUUCAUGCCUCAAACUCUACUUUGACAUUGAAAUGGCUGUCUCCUUGCAAACCAUUGGUUUACCAAUACUAUAUUAGUUAUGAAACAAGUUCAAUUCGGAAGCAAGCGGGUAGCAUCAGUGGAAGCAAAAUGUCUAUGUCAUAUGUGAUCAAAGGUUUACGACCCUUUGCAACAUAUAAAAUCUGCAUUAACGCUUCAAGCAAAGAAAACAACAAAACGAGUCAUAAUUGUAUCAAUGGAAAAACCGAUGAAUAUAUUCCUUCACAAGCUCCGAUUGUUUCUUUGGAUGUGCUGUGGUCAUCCAAAGCAAGCACAGAGCACGAUGUCCUUAUUUCCUGGAAGAUUCCAGACCCUAAGUACUGGAAUGGAAGGCCUUAUAUUGCAAUCGAAUAUCACGAAAAACAAUCUUUGGGACAUAAGCCGCAAAAAAUACCAAACAUAAAAUUAACAGAGACAAACUAUACACUUCAUGGUUUAAUUAAAGACAGAGAUUACUACAUACGAGUUGGUUUGUGUACAAUCAAAGGAUGUAGGCAGUCAAAGUGGAUACUCAAAAAAGCUGUCCAGGUCAAUAAUGACCCAAGUUCAUCAGAUGUUUUAAAAAUCAUUUUGUUUGUCGUCCUUGGCGUUUUGGUCAUUAUGAUGCUGGCCGCGGGCGUUUUUUUCUGCAAAUGGAAGAAAUCAAAGAAAUAUGGGCACCUUAAAGAAGAAGGAAAUAACACUUCCAGCUCUGGGUCUACUACAAUAGUUAGACCCCGCCCCCUUGCUCCAGAAUACCAAGUACCUAAAGAUACUGAGAAUCAACCCUACAGCGCUUUUCCAAUAGAAGAAGAUGCUGUUGCUCAGGAGGAAUCUAGCCUUGAUGAUGAUGCCAACCCCAGCAUUGGUCAGCUGCAACUUCAGUUUAGGAGCCCAGAGGACGCAGGACAUAAUCAGUCUUUUGAGCUCGAGCAAGUAUGAAGCACGCACUUUAAACUGUUAAACACUUAGUUGCAGCCAAACAAUUAGAAAUACAAUUUAUAUACCGGCAUGAGCUAGUAAUAUUGGCAGUAUUUGUAUUUUUAUUUAUAUACUGUCACCGGUCGUUAGCAAAUUGUGCUGUCAAGAUCAACUGGUCCAUAGAUUUCUGUAAUUCGUUCGCUUUUGUGUAAAUUAUCAGCAAAAUUGUGUUCACUUCGUUGUUGUGUAUAGAAUAAAUAAAGCCAUAUUUUCUUUAGCUAUCAAGGAGCUUUUAACUCAGUAGGGAGUAUAAAAUAAUUACGAAUGACUUUGAAACAUUUAGCACUGUUUUCGUGUAAGACCCACUUGAAACAUUUGGCACUGUUUUCAUGUAAGACUAAUUUUCCAAUCUUGUCAAAUAACUACAAAUUUUGUUUUUUUUACUUCCAUCCACAAUUGCUUAUUCUUUGGGUUUUGUAUUUUGUAUUUAUGCCAUGACUUUCGUCUUCAUUUUCCAUUGUACAACUUAAACUUGGGUUCACUGUGGAAUGAAGUGUGUAUCUGAUCAAGUCAAAUUAAUGACACUAGUACAUUAAAACAAAAGACAAAUACCUGUGAAUGAAUAGAUGAAAGUUAAGUUAAAAUAUACCCUCCCUCUCUCCUUUUCUUCCUGGAAUGAUGAUCUGGUAACUUAAGUGUCAUCCAAAUGAACGCUGGAAUGUGCUUUAAGGUGAAAUGUGUUUAAAACAUCAAAUCUAUUUGUAUAAAUUAAUUAAUAUAUAUUAGUAUAUAGAAAUGUUUGCUUUUUAGGAUAGUAAUUGUUAUAUUUUAUCCUUUUUGAUGAUUUUAGAAAAUAGUUUGUACUUAUUAGUUAAACGUGUUAGUUAUAGAAAGUGACGUUUAAUUAAUGUUUGGAAACUAUUUGGGACUACCUGGAAAAUUCCCUCAAUAGCUCCUAGAGGCCAUUUCAGAUACUCUCUCGAGAUGGUGCUGAGAAUUGAUAAUAACAAGCCUCUCAAUCUCCCAGGUUUCCCUGUGAGCUCUUUUUGCUCGCGCAGCUCAGUAGGACUUGAAAAGUCUUUACUAAUCGUAUCUAAAGGCCUGUUGAUUAUUUAAAAAAAUAAACAAUGGAUUUUCAUGCAGUUACACGCGUUACCAGAGGUAACCAUCUGAUGAAUUCUUAGUAUUUGUUUGAAAUAGAGUAUAUUUAAGGUCUGCUGUUUUAUAUCUGUAUAUUAAUCGAUGUAUAUUUGGAUUUCGCACAAUAAUUGUUAUUCAAUAAGA